AGCGCAACACUAAAGUUAAAAAAUUGAAAGUCUUCCGCGACGAAACGAAAGUGACUUAAAGCAAUAACCUUAAGUUUUUGUUUGCGAAAAUAAAUAUAUUUUGAAUAUAAGAAAUACAUACUUAGAUUAUAAUUUUGUUAUAAUGAAUAGUCUUCAGCUCUUUGUCUGAGUGCCUGUUAACCUAAUAUUAUUGAAAAUAUUUACCUAAAAUGUCGCCAAAGAAAACUGUUCAAAAACCUAAUUUAAAAAGGAAGAAUGCUGAGAAGGCGACGCCGAAACAGACUAUUAGGAAAAGGACAUUGAAGUCAAAUCAGCCUGUAAACUUCAAAGUCAGCAUACCGCUUGCAGAAACUACAGACGAUGGAGUUUUUGUACCAGUUGUGAAAGGCCGUCGUCCUCCACAAUUUAAGAAGAACUUAGACGUGAAUACUAAGGUUGAACUAGCUAAUUCAGUGGCUAGACAGCAGUUGUCAAAAAACGACGUAGCUCAUCCUGUUUUUGAACCGGAUAAUGUAGUUUAUAUUCAAGCUCCUAAAGUAAGAAGAAGAACGUUCAAAAAUAAGGUUAUAUCAGAUUUCUUUGAAAAACGUAUUGUACUGGAAAAAAAAUCAGAAGAAACUGUAACUUCUACAGCAACCAAAACACCAGUCAAAGAUGCACCGAAAGUUAGUGAAAGACCGAGAAGAAUUGUUACCAGAAAAAGAUUAGCCGAUUCCACAGCACAGUUGGAUGCGAAGCAACCUAGAGAAGACACUGAUACAGAGAUGGCUCCUUUAAAUGUCAACAUAAAAGUAGAAAAUAUUCAAGGUCCUGAAGACGAAGUAGAAACUAACAGUCACUUUGUUACCCAACCAGCUGAUGAAGAACCACUGACUUCAGAGGGAAAGACAUUACCUGUAGCUAACAAUAAAAAAUGUCCAAUAAAGCGACCACGGCCCGCAUCUAAAAAACCGACAACCACAAAACGCUCGGUAGGCCGUAAGAAGCAAACGCCCCAAGGUAAGCAAGAAACUGUAACAGUUGAUAGUAAUCCUUCAAUAGUCGACCAACUGAGAAAGCCUAAAAAACCUAAUGUUGAAAUCAAAAUAGGACCAAAACCAGGCGCAUCGGCACGAGUCAAUUCUAAUAGGUCUUCUGUUAGUAGUAAUUCCAAUUGGUCAUGUACCACAACCUGCGUUACUGUGUCACCCACUGACUUUGUCCAUUUGAAUAAAAAGGUUCCUGUUCUUGUACUGACCAAUAUUGAUAACGAAGUGAAGAAACGUCAAAUAGAUGCCCAAAAAAAUACUGUAUCUAAUGAUGCCCGGGAAGUUGAAGAGUCUUCAGACUCGACUGAUUCUGAAUCACAGUCAUCUGAUUCUGAAGACAGUGAUGACAUGUCGGAGCAAGAACUUAUCAAUAGAAACUCCUUAGAUCUUAGUGAUUCUCCAGAAUUUGUUAAGGCAAUUGAUAAACUUAUUGCGUUAAUAAAGAAGUUAGACAUGGAAAUGAUAAAUUGGAUCAACUCGCACAAUGGCGCCGUUAACGUGAACUUCGUUAAGAGGAAUGAUGUACAGUUAAAUUUCUUAAAUGACGAAUUAGAAAUGAUAUCUGUCUGUGAAGAUAUGGACUCAGUAAUCAAUUCAGCUAAAGUUGAUGAUGAAUCUCAUGUUGUUGAAACGGUUUCGGAUAAAGAGAACAAUACAACAGAUAAUGAAAUAGUCACAAAAGAUACUAACACAGUAACAAAUAAAGAUAAUGACGCCCCAGUUAAAGAAAUUACUCAAGAAGAACAACCGGAACCGGAAUUUGUGAAACCCCAACCAGUUAGGAGAUUAUCUAGUAGUUCUAAAGUUUCAAAUACGAGCCCUAGGGCUUCCAGAGACGAUGAUAGUUCCGAUGACGAGCCCGCAGACGGCGGCGGCAACUCGUAUUAUGAUCACCACGAUGAUGACGACGCCCUUUCUCUCUUCGCUGAAAGUAUCUCCGGCUUCGAAUCUAUUCGUCCGUCCGUAGUUUCGGCCCCAGUUUCACGCCCGGUCGAAGAGUACGUUCCGAGGCCGGUGAACAAAAAUAUCGUGUUCAACAUAGAGAAACCCGUCUACUGUCCAACAAAAAUAAGAGAAACUUCAGAAACUGUAACAUCUAAAACCAUUUGCGAGAAACAAAACGCUGAUUCAACUUCCAUUUAUAAGCAAAGUAACAGUACCGAUGGUGCCGAGAGUGACCAAGACUUUGCUGAAAAUAUUGAUUUAGAUACAAGACCAGUUGCUCCAGAUACGAUGAGGACACCGCGUCUGAUGGAAUCAUUCUUUGAAGGGAUGCCUAAAGCCCGAAGCGUCGUGUUUGGCAACGUAUGUUUUUACAACCUGCUGAACGCUUGCCGUAAAGUAUUCUAUGGACAGUGUAUGUUUAUUCAUAUGAUACCCAGCUGUGAACAAAUUAAAGCUAAGUUAACGUUACUGGACGAAAUGAUGUUGAUAAAGGAGUAUUUGUUGGUGAGGAACUGGGUGGAACUUAGGAGAAGGUACGGCAUGUGUUUCGUAGAGGAGUGUGCGCGACGAGGCCUCACUAGGAUACUUGUAGAAAUGGCUUACGAUUUCAUCGUGAAAGCGAGGUGCGAUUCUGAAGAAGAUACGCGAUUGAGAGUCAAUACGAUAGAGAUUACUCUGCUGCACUUGAACAAUGUAGACUUGAGUAUUUGUGAAGAUCUGUUGAAACUAGUGGUAGCUACUGAUAAGACGAACAGGACGCUACUGUGUGACGUUUUCAUGGCGACCAUGUCUAUAACGCAGAACUUUUCAAGGUUCAAAAUAGUGUUUUUAAAUCUCAUCCACUUCAUGGUGAAAAACGACAGGACUUUUAACAAGGACGUUGUCGAACAUAUUUUGGAGCGAGUGUGUAUAUUGGCGUUUGAGGAGUCGGUAGCGCGGGCCCUCAUACAAAUGAUGCGGCUCACGAACGCUGAUAUAUUCAACAAUUCGAUGAUCAGACUCUUUGAGAAGCAGAUAUCAGUGAACAAGGAUGUUUAUGAGGAGUAUACCUUGUUGAAGAAUCGGUGCGCGUUUACAGCGAUGCUCGCUUCGUCGGUAGUGGAAAGCCCUUCUUUGCUAGAAGAUCUGGCGCUAUCGGGGCGGUCUGACAUGGGUGAUGAAAUGUCAGCAGCCCAUUCCGAUAGAGGUGAUGGGCAAGUGUCAGCACUCGAUAAGAGUGAUGAUCAAAGGGCGACAGGGGUCGAGAGGGGUGUCGGACAGUGUGCGGCGCGGUCUGAUUUGGAUGACGGACCGCCAUCAGUUCAGUCCGACAAUAGUGACGGACAGCCGCCGGCGCCGUCGCCAGACACCACCAAUUUGGAUAAGAUGAACAAAUCACUCGACGAGCCUGCAGCGCCUAUCAUAACUAGAACUAUAGGGAUGAACCCCCCAAUCGUGUUUAGCCGAGUGCCUACGAGUACAGGGACCUCGCAAGUUCACGAGGCCUCUGACGCCACGCACGAGAGCCCCUCAAGAUCGCAUAUGUUCACCAGUGACGACACAGUGGCAGUUAACUACGGGACGUGGAGGAACCGGUCCAUAUUCCCCCGACUGCCACUUCCUAGGAUAGAUCAGCCCGUGAUGCGAGCCCCCUCUUGGACCCCUAUGAGGCCUCGUAUGAGACUACCGUUCAGGAGGCCCUUUAAUCAACGCCUGGUGACUUUCAGGACCCCUUCUAACAUCGUUCGGCGGCCGGGGCCGAAAUACUGAAGAUCUUCAAGAAUUUAAGUAAGUUAGUAAGAGGCUUUCACCAACCUAUAAUUAUUCAUUUAUUUAACUAAAUUUCGGUUUCGUCUGCGUACCGAGGGAACUUACUGCACCUGGAUAAAAGUAAACCGAUGCUGUCUAUCACUUCGAUAUUUCAAUGGUUCUGCGGGAUUGUCCGAAAGAGUUACCGCGGCUCUGGCACAAAAAUAAGUUCAGAAGAAACAUGGUAAGUUUUUACGUGGAAAACCAUCAAAUCAACAGUGAUGGUUUUCCAAGUAAAAAAGGUGCUACCUAUAUAUGUGCAAAAUUUUAUCUCAAUCGCUUCAGCCGUUUUAUCGUGAAAGCGUAACAAACAACUAUUCUAAUGGGCAACAAUAAUUAAAUGUUGGUGAAAGACUCUUAAAUUAAACUAGUUAGUAAAUUGUAAAAAUACCUUCAAUGUUAUAAUUGUCGGUAAAAAGUUUAGCUUUACCUUAGUGGUAUUAUAACUUUAUUAUAGUUGCCCUAUAUUACAUAGUUGUAAAAAACCGGGUCAGUGGCUAAGGUCCCCAAUUGCCGAAGCACUCGUGGCCAUCGCCCCCGAGUAUACUUUUAGUUUACCGAUUUGGGGGCGUCGGCCACAGCUGCUUCGACCACUGGGGGUGUAAGCCAAACUGACCCGAAAAAAAUCUCAGUUUCCUUAUUAUGUAUGUUUCAAACAUUUUCUGCAGUUGAACAACGCAUUCAAGUUUAAAUAUUAAGGUGUUGCUCAAUUUCAGAAUUUAAAAAGAAUUGUUGAUAUUGUAAAGAUUAUUAACAAGGCCUUUUGGACUUGUAUGACUGUUCUACUAAGCUUAUUUAAUUUUCUGUGAAGCGAAAUAUCCGUCCGUCUUUUACACCAUAGACUGCAGUAGGUAGGUAGGCAGGUUUCAUAGUACUUUUGUCUCUAAAUAUACUUUUAUUAACACUAAAAUAUUUCAAUUGGUCGCAAUCAUCAAAGUACGGACCGGUAUUGACACUAAGACCCGGUUGUACCAUUUAACUUUAACGAUAACCAAACCAUAACCAACCGCAUACUUGCCGCCAUUGGUUAAAUCGGCAAUUUGACAACUGAAAAUGGUUCGGUUAACCUUUUCACCGCCACGCCAUAUCGGUAUUCCUAUGCCCUGUACGCCAAGCCCGAAAAUCUUAAUUAAAUAUCUACUAAAAAAUACAUAAAAUAAUGAUUUAAUAGGUUUAUUUUGUAUUUUUUUGCGACCUGUUUUUUGUCGAGUAUAGCCGUCGUUGGCGCACAGGGCACGCUUGCUCAUGUCGGCUAUAGCCGACAUUGGCGUUCAAAAGUUAACGUUAUAGUUAGGUACAUGAAUAUAACGAUUACGAAAUAUUACGAUUACCUAGGUAUGUCCGCUACUAAAAAAAAAAAGCUUCAGAAAGCAAAUGCGUACGUAAAACUGGUAUAAUAUAAUAAAUUAUAUUUCGUUUGACAAAUAAAUAUGCAGUAAUUUCAAUUCAGAACUACUAUUUAAUGCAAAUUUCGAAUAAGCCAAAAAUAAAAGUAUCUGUUUAAUAAAUAGUUUUCAUUUCGUUUGACAUAUUCAUUCAAUCAAUUUCUUAUUUGCAAAAAUUCUAUAAUUUAAAAUCAUAAUGCAUAAAUAGACAUGUUUGUCUUGGAACGUAAUAUGCUUUUAGAGUACCUAUUAUUUUAAUACCUAUGAUAUGGAGCUUUCCAAUUUUAUCAAACUAGUGACUCCGUAAGUUUUGCAAAGGUGCGUACCUAUCUAAAUCUUUCUCUGAAUCAGUCCUAUCCUAUCCCUUGUUGAAAACAGCAUGAAAAUCCAAUCAGUAGUUUGGGAGUUUAUUGCAUUAGGAUAGAUAGGCGCAGUUUAGUUCUGUUUUAAUUCGUUUGACCCGUAGAAAAGCUAGCCAGUUAGUAAUUAGUUUUCACAAACAAUUUUCUUGAUUCUUUGUUGAAGUCUUAAAAAAACAAUUACUUCGUUAUUUUUAAGAAAUUUCGGAAUAUGUACUAGCAAAGAUCGAUCUUAGUUAUAAAAUGGUGCUGUAGUAAAAUGCAAUAGCAUAGCAUAGGAAACAAUAAUUUUGUCAACUGGAUCUUGAGUGAUCUGCGUUGUGUACUUUCAUCAUUUAGGUACAUUUAACUUAUGACGAAUAUUUACUCCAUAGGUAAUUAUGAUAGGCUUAGAUACUGUUUUUUUUUUUUCGUUUAACAUUAUACGAUGUGCCCACCUAAUCGUUUUAUUUCUUGUUUUGUAAAUAAUCAUAGAUUUUGUUUUGAUAGAUCGGCAAUGCGUGAUAGAUAUUGAACUUUAUGUCGAAAAACCGGACAUUCUUUUAGACUGUAGCGGUAAAAAACGCAAAUGUGGACAACAAAACACUAUAUAUUGGAAAAUGUUUUUAACGUUCUAUGAUCAAACUGAAAAAAAUAAAAUAAUUAAAAACCGAUUUUUAAAUUGAGGACAGCAGAGCUUAUUAAUAAAGUCAACUCCAUUGACGUAUUUCAUUUUUGGCUUCACAAAAAAUCACUCUAUAAUUGUCGAUUUAUCUUCUAUUCUAUGUCUAUGUAAAUAAUAAUAUAAGAACUUAUAUUAAUAAAACAAGCGUGUUUGCUACCAUGUGAUAAAUGGGUUAUUAUUGUUUUGUUUGUUGCAAUCAGAAAAUAUUAUGUUUACUUUAUAUAGGUAAUAAAUAAGUUGCACAAUUGUUGACUAAAAAACUACAUUGUGAGUAUGUAGUCAAAUAACUUUGUAAACUAUGUAAAUAUGUAGUUUUACUUUGAUACCCAGUUGCACAUUUAACUAUAACGAUAACCAAACGGGUAGUAUUUAAACGCAAAUCAAAAAAUAUCCUUUUUCUAUGCAAUAAGAUUCCGAAUUCCCAUCAAAAUUACUGAUUGCACAGCAAAAUAUUCAACUCAAAAUAUCACUAAACACACUACAAUUUAUUUUCGCAGCGUACAGCGAUUUUUCCUUAAGCAAAAGCUUUUUCAUCAAUGCACAGCUAACAAUCUUAAUGCACAUUAUACAUGUUAACUCUUUUUCUUUUAAAUAUAGCUUCUAUUUUUAUAUUAUUUACAGCAGUUUUUCUGAAUAAAACAACAUUUUAUUAGUCAUAGUCAUCUUAUUAUUUAUUAAUUACCACAUAAUGAGAUCAGCAAAAAAAUAUAAAAAUUAAAUACAAAAUUGUAAUUUAUUGAAUUUUUAAAGCCAGUAAUUUAUUAAAUUUUUUGCCCAAUAGGCACAUUUUUAACUUCUACAGGUGGCGCCACGUAGGUACUUGAGUCGGAUCGCAAGUCCGAUCUUUUGGCAUAGUUUUGGAAUUUUUAUAUUCCUGUAAGAAGCAUGCAAACAAUCCUAAGCAUGCAAGCAGGCAUGCAAUGGAAGUAAGCAUGAAACAUGCAGCAAGCAUGGCUUCUGUCACGGCUCCGGCGGUCCCAUGCGAGCUUAUCGUCGCAGAUGGUUUUCACGCUCACCACCGCAGCUUCGGCUUACUGGCCGGCCCAGCCGGCCAGCCUCAGCCGCGUCGGCGAGCGUUAAAACUACCUGCGCCUCAGCUCGCAGGCCGCCUCGCCCCUCCGCGCCUACGCGGUUUUGAAUUGCACUCUAGGGGUAGGGCAAACAAGACUACGUGGAGUCGGUUUUGCAGCGAUUCGUUUUCGUUACUAGCUUCAAUUUUUAAAACAAUGUUUUUUAAUUGGAGGCAAUUUGCUAAAUAAAUUGAAUCUAAAUAAAAUUCUACCAUCUUCAUAGUACACUGAAUGAGAUUUCAGUUAAUUUGUUCUGCUUUUAGAAAUAACGCAAUGUGACAGGAUUUUUUUUGUUAUAAUAAUCAUUAAAUUUGCCGAGCAUGGCUUCUUGAAAAUUAAGACAAAUAUGAUGAACAGGUUUUGUUGUUCUUACUGGUUAAUAUGCGACUGGGAUAGUUAUUUUGCUAUGAAAUAUGGAAAAUUUGCUGUGCAGUCAGUAUUUAAUGCUUGUAUGUAGUAUUUUUGUACAAGAAUAAAUUUAACUGUAUUGCAUUAUAAGAAAAAAAGUAAUGUCAUAUUGAUGUAUAAUUUCGAAUUAUCUGCAGUUUGAGUUUUGUUAAACAUUUAGUUUAUUUGUAGUGAAGUAAGUUAUUUGAUGUAAAAAAGAAUAUAAAUGAUGAGUAUUUAUUGAUAGGCGAUUAUUUAUUUGAUAUGCAAUUUAUAAUAUCCCUAACCAAACCAUAACUAGUCGUAUACUUGUCGCUCAUUGGUUGAAUCGGCGAUUUGACUGAAACUGAACUGAAAAUGGUUCGGUUAUCGUUAAAGUUAAAUGGUGCAACUGAUCGUAAGAUUUUUAUGUUUUGGCUAUGUAGAAAGAAAAAUUUACAAAUUGUUGAAUCAGAAAGUUAACUAAUGGCCUUUUUUCAACUAUCAGUUAACUUUUAUUUGAGACUUAUUUUCUUUAGGUACAAACAUAUUCUUCAGUUAAGAGUUAUAUAGCGAUUGUAAAAGCCUUAAUAGUACAAAUUCUAAUUAGUCGCUGUAAGCUGUAAAUUCAUAUUUGAAUUGAAUUUUUGAAGAUAAAAGAAGACUCAUAAAUAAAUAAAAAAUAUUUUUCGUCUAAACCUAUUAGUUCAACUAAAAAUAUAUAAAUUGUUAAAGAAAUUCAAGUUCACAAAAAGCCAGUGUCCACUCUUAUUGAAAUUAAAACUAUUUUAAUUUUUAACUGAUGUUCCUAAACGGAGUAUGUUCUCAAUUUUUUUUCUGUCGCAGAUUUUGUAAAGUAUAUUUUUGUAAGUUCAGUCUAAUAUUAGACAUAUCUUGAUUAAGCUAUGACAUAAAUACCUACAUGUUGACUUGAUUGUUAAUCAAUGUAUCUUAUAAUAUAUGAGAAGUACACUAUCCUGUAUAGUUUAGUAUUACGAUAGCUAUCUGAUUGUUAUAAGUUUGAGCUGUGAAGAUAUUUUUAUAAUUAAAAAAUAAUA